GCCACAUCCCGUGAUGCCUUGCGGAUUGACCACGCCCCCUUCCUGCGAUCAGCUGUUUUCACGAGCCAACAUGGUGACCAAAGUAGAGUCCGCGGCCGAACUGGUGGCCAGAGCCGUGUCCACGUUCCGUGACCAGUACGGAGAGAAGCCGACGGUUGCAGUAUGCGGUCCCGGAAGGGUCAAUUUGAUCGGAGAGCACACAGACUACAACGAGGGCUUCGUCUUUCCUAUGGCCCUGCCCAUGGUGACAGUCGUUGUUGGGAGGAGGACAGACACAGGUGUUUGCCGUGUUCUCACCACGGCCCAGGAUGCAGAUGAACCCAAACAGGUGGAGUUCCCCGUCCCCAGUACUGACCACCCUCUGCAACCAGGGAAACCUGCCUGGGCAAACUACGUCAAGGGAGUCGUGGCCAACUUCAAGGGUGAAGUUAGUUUGUUUGACGCUGUGCUGGCCUCCUCUGUGCCCCUGGGAGGGGGUCUGUCCAGUUCUGCCUCCCUGGAAGUGGCAACGUACACAUUCCUGGAACAGCUCAACCCACAGCACUCCCCUGUAAGUCUGAAGGAGAAGGCUCUGGCCUGUCAGAAGGCUGAACAUGAGUUCCCAGGCAUGCCCUGUGGAAUCAUGGACCAGUUCAUCUCUGUCAUGGGCAAGGAGGGACAUGCACUUCUACUGGACUGCAGGUCCAUGGCUGCUGAGCUGGUUCCCCUGGACAAUCCUGAUGUGGUUGUCAUGGUAACCAACUCUAACGUGCGACAUGAGCUGACGGGGAGUGAGUACCCCACCAGGAGACGGCAGUGUGAGCAGGCAGCCGGCAUCCUCGCCAAGAACAGUCUCAGAGAGGCCUCCAUGGAAGAUCUGGAAGCUCAAGAGUCCAAGCUGGAACCUGUGGUCUUUCGUCGUGCCCGCCAUGUUAUCGGAGAGAUCCGCCGCACUACCGAGGCUGCCGACGCCCUCCGAGCUCGAGAUUACGCCAAGUUUGGAAAACUGAUGGUGGAAAGUCACAACUCACUUCGGGAUGACUAUGAGGUAAGCUGUGCAGAGUUGGACACCCUGGUGUCAGCAGCCAUGGAGUGUACCGGUGUGUACGGGUCCAGGAUGACUGGGGGAGGGUUUGGUGGCUGUACUGUCACCCUGCUGUCAGCUACAGCUGUACAGGACACCAUCAGUCACAUCAAGGAAAAGUACACAGGACAGCCCACAUUCUACAUCACCACACCAGCUGCAGGGGCAAGUGUGCUGCAGGUUCCAUAGAACAGCCAGCAACAAACCAGUGUGGCUAUAAUACAAACACUGCAAAGGGACAACCCCCAUUUUGUGUACUAAAAUCCCCAAAUGUUUGGCUUGAGACAGGGGAUAGUUGAAGAAAAGACUCAGAAAAAAAAUUGGAAAGGGGUAUGACCCAAAAUUAGAAGUCUGCAAAUUUUUUUAGUAAUUUUGGCAGGUCCGCUAGCUUGAAUGGUCAAAGAAGAUCUCCAAUGCAACAUUCGUCAACAUUCCCACAUACGGUAUCUAAAUUGUUCGUUCCUUGGCAAACAGUAUAACUGAAAACUCCUUCAGAGAAUGUAUAGACUGUUAAAUGACCUUGAUAUUGGAAAUUGUACUCAGGUAACAUUCCACUGAAUGAUAAUGAUUAUAAUACCUUUUAAAUGUCUUCCUACAAAGAGUGCCUUUCGCCAAAUAUGUACUACUACUAGUACUAGGCAGCAGAAAUAAGAUUCUGUACUCAAUUUUAGACUUUAAGUUUUAUUCUUUGUGUAAAAAGUUGGUAGUUUUAUGAUUUGGUGUGCUCUAUGCACAAUUAUGAUCAGUGCAAUUUAAUCAACUUUAUUAAACAAGUUACUAAAAUAUGAAUUCUCACUCCUUUACACAUUCAGUUUUUUUAGUAGUAAGACUAAAACACUGAGUACUGAUUCAAAGAUCAGAAAUUAUAUUUGCUUAUAUUUUCACAAGGUUCUGAUUUAUUGUUGCAAAAUGGUGUUACCCAAUAUGAAACCAUAUUAAUUUGCAUAUUGGAUUUGUUGCAUAUUGUAUGCAUAAGUAAUUUAUCAAUGCCAACUCUGUAGAAUAAAAUCUGAGAAC